AUGGCUACCAACACCAAUAUGCCAGCACGGGGCGCCCGAGGCGCCCCCGAGUUCGACGCUAAGCAGCCACGACAGCUGCUGCGUUUCUUCACCGACCUGGAGUUUCAUUUCUCUCUGGCAGGCGUCACGGCAGAACAAGAAAAGAAGACUCACGCGACACGCUACCUUUCAGUGGACGACCAGGAGAUUUGGGAGUCGCUGGACUCUUUCCUUGCGCCCCACUCCUACGCAUCGUUCAAAGCUGACGUCUUGAAACUUUACCCAGGCACGGAUGCCGAUCGCCGGUACACGCUUUCAGAUCUACACACCCUUAUUGGGGAAUACGCAAGUGUCGGGAUCUUGUCUCGUUCCGACUACAGCGAAUUCUAUCGGAAGUUUUUGGUCAUUACCAAAUUCCUCGUGGACAAGGCCCGACUAUCCACCGCAGAACAAUCUCAAGCCUUUCGUCGAGCAAUCUCGCCGCCGAGCCUUUGGAGCCGAGUCCACCAGCGACUACAAAUCAAGAAGCCUGAUGUGCACCCAGACGACCCCUACGACCUCACAGACAUGAACGAAGCCAUGGAGUUCGUCCUCGCAGACUCCUCGCAUGGAUCAGCCAUCUCAAACACGGCAUCGCCGAAACCCGUGGCAGUCAAACAAGAACCUGAUUCAAAUAUAGCCGAGUUAAUCGAGUCAAUGAACGGGCUAAUGAAGGUACUUGCCGCACAAGCAGCAGUCACGGCGCAAGCAGUCGCCGCCCAGCAGAGCCGGCCAGUGAGCACGGGAGCGCCAUCUUCAGUCCAGAAUACGCCACGAGACCUAAACUGCAGCUAUUGCGGCGAAUCGGGGCAUUUUAUCAUCCGUUGCCCGCGUGUUGACGAAGAUACACAGGCUGGAAAGUGCAAACGAAACGUCGAGGGCCAGGUGGUCCUGCCCAGCGGCUCAUACGUUCCCCGGCGUGUCAUGGGCACCAAUCUGCGUGCACGGAUCGAAGAAUGGCAUCGCCAGAACCCAGGACAAAUGGCGGCGUCGCAGAAUACAGCUGAAAUCUCCACGCAUUUCCUCAGCUCCAAUUCCGGACCGAAAAUCGCGUCGAGCUUCACGCUAUCAGAUACAGAACGCCUUCAGUACCUCGAACGCGAAAUGAUGGCCGUACGUACCAGGGCACAAGCGCGCGCAGCCCUAGGUGCGGGGCGUUUGUCCGAACCAGUCGAGGAGCCCGAACAGACCGUCCGCCCGAAUUCGUCAGCAACGAGCGCCCCGGGAAUCGAUAAAAACGCACCGGGACCUGCAGCAACGCGCCAGAAGGACCCACCAGUGCAUCCCGCAGCGGAACACCCAUUUUCAAAAGCCAAAGACGCGGGGUACGCCCCACCACGCGACCGGAACGUGGGGGCACGCAUCCCUGCUCCACCAAAGAAAGCCGAGGGCGCCUAUCGAACCACAGCACCUAUUUUCGACGAUAAAAUCGCCAACACCGUGUUUGGACGUCUCUUGGAGUCGAAAAUCGAAGUCAGCGAGCGGGAACUCCUUUCGCUAUCCCCAGAGCUCCGCACCAUGACCAGGGACGUCACCAGUAGCCGCCGAGUCGUCCCAGGGACCGAAAAGUCGCCAGUAGCCGCCAGCAAGCCCACAGAGCAGUUUUCGUUUGACCUGGCGCCCCAGGAGGCGUAUAUCAAGACGAUAGAAGAGCAGCGAGAUGGCGAUAGACGGCGGGAAGCGUUUUUCGAUUCGAUGCCCACAUCCUUUGGUCAGGCGACGUUACCGGCCAACGCCACUGUUAUCCCUGAUCAUUUCGAAACCUGA